AUGGAUUCUUCCCUAGAAGAUGUGGAAGGAAACAUUGAGAAAUGUGAGAGCCGGAAUGAUCCAUCAUCGGAAUACCGAUUUUGCUGCAAAAGCCUCGAAAUUAAGAAAGGAGCAUAUGCGGUUGCGGUGGUGUGCACCUGCAUCAUCAUUUCCAAUUUAUGUAUGAGAGCAAUUAAGUCGGAGGAAGUUGAGUGGAAUUGGCAAUUGUUGUUUUUGGUCAGCGAUUCUAUUGCAGUCAUCAGUCUGUUCUAUGGGAUUGUGAGACAAAAUGCAGCGUUUUUGCAGCCUUUUACAGUUUUGAGUAUUGUUACCGUAUCCUUUUGCCUCCUUCUCUCAUUUUUCUACCUGUCUGCUGUAAUUGACCCAAGUUCCUAUGCCGCCGAGCAAGUUGAAAUCGGUCUUGCGGAUAAGGUUCAACAUUUCGCUGAUGUCCUAAACACAACACCACAAACAGCGAUAAUAACUGUCGCCGCAAUUGGGUCACUCGGCUACGCAUGUCUCGUUUUUCUGCACAGCUGGUUUGUGUUCAUUGUGGUCCGAACGGCACAGUACUUCCGUGCACUCACAAGUUUAUAA